AUGCCCGAGAAUGUGCCGCUGUUUAUGGUACCACCGCUCCUCAGGCGGACAGCGCCCGAGCAAACGGACUCGCACCGACCGUCCCGCUUAUAUGAAGUGUUUGAUCAUUCAUGUCAUAAAACCGAUGUCUGUGUGCUUCUGCAUCGUCCAGGUUGUAAGAUCAAGGCCUUACGUGCCAAAACAAAUACCUACAUAAAGACUCCAGUCCGAGGCGAGGAGCCGGUGUUCAUCGUGACGGGACGCAGGGAGGAUGUGGAGAUGGCCAAACGUGAAAUUGUCUCUGCAGCCGAGCAUUUCUCUAUGAUCCGGGCGUCCCGCUGCAAAGCGGGAGCACCUGGAGGAGGGGCAGGGGGAGCAGCAGCAGCAGCAGGAGGAGGAGGAGGAGGAGGUUCUCUUCCUGGACCACCACACUUACCUGGGCAGACCACCAUACAGGUGAGAGUGCCCUACAGAGUCGUUGGUUUAGUUGUUGGACCAAAGGGAGCAACCAUAAAGCGCAUCCAGCAGCAGACUCACACCUACAUCGUGACACCCAGUCGAGAGAAGGACCCGGUGUUCGAGGUGACUGGCAUGCCGGAGAACGUGGACCGAGCGAGAGAGGAGAUCGAGACCCACAUCACCCUGCGAACUGGAACCUUUGUGGACCUGCAGGGAGACAAUGACUUCCACUCCAAUGGCACUGACGUCAGUCUAGAAGGCCUGGGCUCCCUGAGCGGAGGACUGGGGGCGUCUCUGUGGUCCAGGGCUACCGGCCACCAUUCUGCCCCCCCUCCUCCUCCACCCUCCCCACCUCCUCCCAUUCCCAUGUCCAUGCACCACUCCUCCAGCCGCAAGAUGUCCUCCUCAGUCGCCUAUCACACGCACAACGGCGGAAUGAGCUCAGACAACUUCAGCGCCACUCGCAAGGCCAACGAAGGAGGUAGUCCCACUAGCCCCUUUAGCACCGGCUCCAGCAGCGCUGGAGGAGGAUUCACUUUCGGGGGCGACUCCACCCCGGGGUUGCCCUCCUCAGAGGAACUGGGCUUUGAGUUCACCGCUUCCAACAUCUGGGCACCUUUCGUCAACGGUGGAGCGGGCAAUAAGACAGCCGGCUCCUCGCAGCAGCAGCCUCUACGUCGCAACAGCAGCGGCCUCAGCGGCGGUGCCAUCACUCCACGAUUGUCUCCAACUCUGCCUCAGGACACAGGCGUUGGCCCCCUGGAUCACCCAUUAGCCCGUCGUGCCCAGAGCGACCCCCUCAGCACUCUCUCCUGGCUACAGUCCGGCAGCGCGGGAGGUGGCUCCUUCUCCGGGGCGUCCAGCUCCAGCUCCGGCGGUUCGUCGACGGGUUACUCCUCAUGCUCGGCCUCCUCCCUGCCCGGCGGUUCACCCACUGACUCCGAGGGAGGCGGCAGCGGCGUGGGCCUCAGCUCUGGGAUGCUGAGCCGGCUGAAAAGCAGCUCCGGCCCCGGGGUCGUGGGUCUCGUUGGCGCCAGCCCCGGGAUCAACAGGGACUGCUUUGUGUGUUACGAGAGCGAGGUGACAGCAGCCCUGGUGCCUUGUGGCCACAACCUGUUCUGCAUGGAGUGUGCCGGGCAAAUCUGCCAGUCAGCCGAGCCAGAGUGCCCCGUCUGCCACACCCCCACUACACAGUGCAUCCGCAUCUUCUCGUAAUGC